UUCAAUGAGGUCGAGUAUGUCAUAUUUGGUGCCUUGGAAUGCAGUGUGAGGCUGAAAAUAUAUAUUUUUGCUUCUAUCCAUCCUUUCCGUGCUCCGCGGUGUCUCUCUCACCUAAUAGCGAGUCACGUGAAUGCCUGCCAAGGCCCUUCUCUUAUUGUUCUUUCACUUCUUUGUUUUCCUCAUAAAAGGGAAUUUAAUUACCCCUUCCCACUGAUUGAUGAAUCCUAGAUCUAGUCUCCUCGUCCCCUCCCUGCCCAUAUCUAUAGCUUAGUUCCUAGUACCCUCUCUCUCUCUCUCUCUCUCUCUCUCUCUCUCUCUCUCUCUCUCUCUGGGAUAUGAAUCAAUUUUCUCCUAUCCCUCUAGCAGAGGGAGGUGAAGAUCAAAGUCACCUUCCUCCGUUCACUCUAGCAAGUGAUACUCCUUCGUGCUCAUGUUCCAUUCUCUUCAAUACUUCACAAGAACAAGGAGCAAAUGACAGAGAUAAUCACCUCCUGCAGCAAGAGCCCGAGGAUCAUUUGUUGAUCAGUAAAUCAAGUGAUCACCUGGUCUCAUUUCCAACCAACUACAACAACAACGACAACAACAACAGUAACUAUACCGUCGAGCAAGCUUCUCAUGGUCGAUGUGUUAAUCAGGAAGAUCUGCAUGGCCCCGGUAAGUGGAUGCCUUCCAAGAUGCGAUUUAUGAGGAAGAUGAUGAAUUCCGGUCAUGACAUCAUGAGCAAAACAAGGAGAAACAUGCAAAUACUUCAAGAUCGAGGCCAAGACAGUAGCACAAGCAUGCGCAACAACAGCAGCAACUCCCCAAGUGGUAUCAUCAGAGUGUGCUCGGACUGCAAUACCACAAAGACCCCUUUGUGGAGGAGUGGUCCUCGUGGCCCUAAGUCUCUUUGUAAUGCCUGUGGAAUAAGGCAAAGGAAGGCUCGACAAGCCAUGGCUGCUGCUGCUGCAGGUGGUGUGUUAAUCCCUAGCGAAGCACCUGGCAAGAUGCGGAAAGAGAAAAAAUCUGAUGUUGAUCGCACGAUACCAUUCAAGAAACGGUGCAAGAACGCCAUCGCCACUACUACUCAAAAGAAGUGUUUUGAUGAUGUCAUGAUAAGUUUAAGCAAGAGUUCAGCUGUCCAUCGAGUCUUCCCACAGGAUGAGAGAGACGCAGCACUCUUGCUGAUGGAUCUAUCUUGGGGCCGCAUCUGCAGUUGAGCACUGGCUUCUUUUCUGUUUUCUUUUUCCAUCUCAAGUAUUAAUUCUUCUUGUUCUAGUGCGACCAGCGACUGCAUGUUUGUGGAGCAGGAAUAUAAGAUGUAGCAAGGCCGUGAAUUAAUGGAAAAGUAAAAUUAUCUUUACGAGCUAUUAAGAACUUGGGCAGCACUGGAUGUCUACUUCUUCAGUCCUUCAAUAUCUAUGGAGCUCCUCAAGCUAAUUCAU